GAAGUAGACGGAGCAGAAGCGGAAGCGCUGAGAAACUGCAUCGGCGUUUUUAUCCGUAGGGGGGAAAUCAGGGUGUUUUUUGUUUAAUAUAGACUCGGUGUCUUCGAACCGAUACCAAAAGAUGGACAGAUAGUGUCUAUUUUAAUGGACUGUAGGUCGUGGUCUUUUUAAAAAAAGUAAAGGUGAUCCAUCACAUCUGUGCCCAACUUGGACUGUUGAGCGGGAUUUGCAUCCACAGGAGAAUCUGCUUCCAGAGAAACGACAGAGUUCCUCUUUGUGUGUCUGCGGCAGCAGCAUGGCGAACAGCACUCCCAUCAUAGUGAAGGGUCUGCCCUCGGGUCCUGCGGGCAGAAGCAGUCCAGAAGGAUCUCAGGUGCUCUCUAAGAAGAAGCUCCAGGACUUGGUGAGAGAGAUUGACCCAAAUGAGCAACUGGAUGAGGAUGUUGAGGAGAUGCUGCUUCAGAUUGCAGAUGACUUCAUAGAAAGUGUAGUGACAGCAGCCUGUCAACUGGCACGCCACCGCAAAUCUAAUACAUUGGAGGUUAAAGAUGUUCAGUUACAUCUAGAGCGUCAGUGGAAUAUGUGGAUUCCUGGUUAUGGCUCAGAUGAAAUCCGACCGUUCAAGAAGGCCUGCACCACAGAGGCUCACAAACAGAGAAUGGCGCUGAUCCGCAAGACAACCAAAAAGUAGCAUGACUAAUGUGUUGUACCCACUCUUUGUAUUUUUUUUUGUUUGUUUGUUUUUUGUUUUGUUUUUUUAAUCUGGGUUUUUUUUUUAGACUAUAGAACAGAUAAUUGGUUUUGGUGAGGUAUGUUUUUCUUUUUGACAUCAAAUGUUAAAUUAUGUCUAAAUUUUUAGUGUUUUGCCGGAGUCAUUGCACAAUAAUGGUAUUUGUCUGUUUCAUUCUGUUUUCUUUGCCACUAAGCUAAGACUGACAGAAAUCCUUUGCAAUUUUUGUCAAUAAACAUUUACUGGAAUACA